AUGGUGGAGGACAAGUACAUCGGGCUUGCACUUGCCGUCUCUAGUUCGUUAGCCAUUGGAACGAGUUUCAUCAUCACCAAAAAGGGCCUCAACGAUGCUGCAGAGCGUUCAGCGUACGCAACCGCAUCUGACGACUAUUCAUACUUCAAAAGUCCGAUAUGGUGGGCUGGUAUGUCAACAUUGGUGCUGGGAGAACUUGCCAAUUUCGCCGCUUACACAUUUGCACCACCAAUAUUGGUGACCCCUCUCGGAGCACUUAGUGUCAUCAUUGGAGCUAUCCUUGCGUCAUUGCUGCUCAAUGAAGAACUCGGCCAUCUGGGCCGUGUGGGAUGUGCCUUAUGCCUGCUUGGUUCUCUAAUUAUCGUUUUGCAUGCGCCCGCAGACAAGGACAUCCAGACUGUGGACGAAAUCUUACACUAUGCCAUUCAACCCGGUUUCCUGUUGUAUUGCUUCACCGUAUUGGUAUUUACCCUCGUAAUGAUCUACGCCGUUGUGCCUCGAUAUGGGCGGACAAAUCCUGUCGUCUACAUCUCAAUCUGUUCGCUCGUAGGCUCUGUGUCUAUCAUGGGCGUGAAGGGGUUUGGAGUUGCUGUGAAGCUUACGUUCGCUGGGCACAACCAAUUCACCCAUCCGAGCACGUACGUCUUCGCGAUCGUCGUCGUCACCUGCAUCCUAGUCCAGAUGAACUACUUCAACAAAGCACUUGACACGUUCUCCACAAAUGUCGUUAAUCCAAUGUACUAUGUCGGCUUCUCCACCGCCACCAUCGUAGCAUCUGUCAUCCUUUUCCAGGGCUUGAACACCGAAGAUCCCGCUAACUCGAUAUCCUUACUCGCCGGGUUCAUCACAACUUUCCUCGGCGUGCACCUCCUCGAGAUUUCACGCAAACCCGAGGGACUACCCACCGCGAACGGACAUAGCGCUCUCGAAGGCGGUCUGAUGAACCCUCGACUGAGCAUCAGCGGGCGGGCGUCCAUCGAUGGCUGGAACGGUACAGCGGGCACGCCCGUCGGUUCCGGCGGUGGAUUCGGGAUGGAUGGUAACGCGCGCCGGGGCUCCCAUCAGCGCGGACCGAGCUUGCCGCUGUUCAACACGCUAGACGACGAAGGCCCGGACAGCGUGGGCCUGUCUCGCCUGCCGGAGGUAGAUGAGGACGACGACGAGCUGGAUGCGGUGGACGAACGGACUCACUUGCGCUCGGAGGAGCGGAGGCAGCUGCAGAGACACGGCUCGAGGAGUGCGAGCCAGUCUCCGGUCCAGCUGCCGAGCGACCCACGCAGAGUGGUCCGCUAG